AAAGAGAACCAAACACGGAACAAGGGGUGCCUGAAGAUGGCCAAGUUCCUUUCCCAGGACCAAAUUAAUGAGUACAAAGAAUGCUUCUCCCUGUAUGACAAGGAGCAAAGAGGGAAGAUUAAGGCCACAGAUCUUCUGGUGUCCAUGAGGUGCCUGGGGGCCAGCCCCACGCCUGGGGAAGUGCAGCGGCACCUGCAGACUCAUGGGAUUGACAAACAUGGAGAGCUGGAUUUCUCCACCUUCCUGACCAUUAUGCACACGCAAAUCAAACAAGAAGACCCAAAGAAAGAAAUCCUUUUGGCCAUGCUGAUGGCAGACAAGGAGAAGAAAGGUUACAUCAUGGCAUCUGAGUUGCGGUCAAAACUCAUGAAGCUGGGAGAGAAGCUCACUCACAAAGAAGUGGACGAUCUUUUCAAGGAAGCAGGCAUCGAACCAAACGGCCAAGUGAAAUAUGACACAUUUAUCCAAAGGAUCACCCUUCCUGUCCAAGACUACUGAGGGAGCUGAGAUCCAGGGAGCGGAGUAUGAGAGCUCCAGGGCCUGAAAACCCAAACUGACUCAUUUUUUAAAAGGGAAUCUAAGAUGGCAAACAUGACAAGAAGACCACGCGGCACAACUGCUGCAGGGACUAAGUACCAAUAAAUGAUGCCGCCAUGGU